UUGCGAUUUCCUCAGUGUAACUCGGGCAGUGCACCAGGGACCGGCUGAAGCGCGCUGGGCCGUUUCGCGGCUCUGACUAGUACUGAUCGUGCGAGGGCUGGAUGACGGGGCGAGCGCGUCGUGCUCGUGCCCCCGCAGCGCUGCCCCGGGCGUGCGGGGCCGGCUUAAAUCCGACUCGGCGGCGCUGCCAGCUCCCGCCUCCGGCCCGGCCCCCGCCCCGUGGAGGCGGCGCGGCGGUGGUAGCAGGCCCGGCCCGGCCCGGCCCGGCCCGGCCCAGCAUGGCGGGGCGCUGGACGCUGGCCGAGCCGCUGAGCUUGGCGCAGCUGCGGCGCCUGGAGCAGCACAGCUACAGCGCGGCCGGGCGCUCGCUGCUGGAGCCGCCGCUGCAGGUCUACUGGGGCUGGCUGGUGCAGCGCACGCCCGCCUGGCUGGCCCCCAACGCCAUCACGAUGGGCGGCCUCCUGCUUAACGUGCUGCCCACGCUGCUCCUCGUCGCCUGCUGCCCCCGCGCCACCGAGCAGGCACCUUUUUGGGUAUUCCUCUUGUGUGCAGUAGGACUCUUUCUGUACCAGUCCCUGGAUGCUAUUGAUGGGAAACAAGCCAGAAGAACAAAUAGUAGUUCCCCCUUAGGGGAGCUUUUUGACCAUGGUUGUGACUCUGUCUCCACAGUUUUUGUAGCCCUUGGAGCCUGCAUAGCAGUUCGGCUAGGAACGAAUCCUGACUGGAUGUUUUUCUGUUGUUUUGUGGGAAUGUUCUUGUUUUAUUGUGCUCACUGGCAGACCUAUGUGUCGGGCAUGUUAAAGUUUGCAACAAUUGAUGUAACUGAAGUUCAGAUAGCAAUAAUAAUCCUCCUUCUGUUAUCUGCAUGUGGUGGAACAACUAUGUGGGACUCUAAGAUCCCUUGGGUAGAUCUAAGCCUGAAGACUCUCCCUGUUCUUGGAAUAGUGUGUGGAGCAAUAUAUUCCUCUUUCAAUUACUUUAGUGUCAUCUUUGGCGGAGGAGUUGGAAAGAAUGGAUCUACAAUAGCAGGAACUAGUGUUCUUUCACCAGGUCUCCACAUAGGAUUAAUUAUCACCUUGGCAAUUGUGAUCUAUAAAAAAUCUACAACUCAUUUGUUUGAAAACCACCCAUGCCUCUAUGUCUUAACAUUUGGAUUCGUGAGUGCUAAGAUCACACAAAAAUUAGUGGUGGCUCAUAUGACAAAAAGUGAAAUCUAUCUUCAGGACACUGCAUUCAUUGGGCCGGGGCUUCUGUUUUUGAACCAAUACUUCAACAGUUUUAUUGAUGAAUAUAUAGUUCUGUGGAUUGCAUUGUUUAUAUCCUUGUUUGAUUUACUGAGAUAUGCCACUGGAGUGUGUAUGCAGAUUGCUGCUCACCUACACAUACAUGUCUUCAAGAUUUCAUCUCAUCAAGCACCUGAACAGGUUCAAAACCAUAGUGACUGACUAGUAGCACAAGGAGAAGAGGAGAAGCAGUUAGGGGAAUAUUGAAUGAAGGAUAUAUCUUUUCAGGAGUACAGAUAACAAACUUUUCAAGAAAACAGGCAAUGAAAAGCUUGUUAAUUUGCUCAGAUAAUAUCAAAUGUGAUUAUUUAAAAACAUGAAGUCCUGCAGAUUCUACUUGUGAUUCUUAUUUUUGAAUCGGGAUAGAGUUCUAAAUAUAUGCUAGAGAAUGCAGUUGUUGGUUUUGAUCAUGAGCAUCUGAUCUGAAACUGACUUUCAAUUAUGUACAAGCUAUUCCUUAAUAGAUAGAUUAUUUUACUUUUGGUAGAUGGAUACAACUGCAAAGUUUAAGUACUAACUAACUAGAAUUCUUAGAGCUGUGUGAGUUCACAAAGGAAAAUGGCCAACAUUUGCUCCUUAAUUUUUCAGUUUCUAAGCUUUGGCAGAAUAUUGCUAUAAAUUUAGUCAAAGGCUUCCACAUACAUAAAAAAAAAAAAAAAAAAAAAAGCAUAAAUUAUUUUGAAAUUAACUUUGGUAUAAACAGUUGUCCAGGUGCUUGCUGCUGCUGCUAAGAUGAUAUGGUGUGUGAAGUCAGUGGGAGAUCAGUAUCCCACAAGCCCAAGCUUUUUUUUUUUUUUUUAAUUAAAAAAAAAAAUGCUACUAGAUUUAAAACUCCAGAAUGAUUUGAAAUGUUCUUUGGGAUACUGGAAACUGAGGAAGCCUAAAAAUCUAAACCCAAACAAGCUGCUGCUAUUGAACAUAUUUAUGAGUGUUCUGUAUUUCAAGAUCUGGUCUCUAGUUUUCAUUUAUGAUAAUUUGUAGGUUUGCUUGUUGAUACUUAAUCAUUAAUUACAUGAUUUGCAGGUAGAAUUGAUCAUUUGACAUUUAAAUAGUAUUAAUAUUAAUGGGCUGUCUGUAUCACUAUCUGUAAAAUUGAAAAUGCAAAACUGAAGGUUAAGUGAGAAGACUGAACAUUGGCCCAUAAGCUUAGAGAUCUGAUCAAGAUCCUUUUUCACUUUGAACAUGAUAGUGCAAUAUGAAUGUGUCAUUUCCUUUGAAAUAUAUUCACCACAGAUCUUAUUUUAGCUCAGUGGUAAAACAGCUUGUCUGCAGCUAUAUUUCAAAAUGAAUAUAUUAUCUAAUAGCCAAGUAUACAUUAUACCAGGAAUCUAAUCUAACUUGUUACCACACUGAGCCUCAACAGAUUUGUUUCCAAAUACUGGAUAGAAUUUCCUAAGUAAAUAUAUUGUCAAACACUGUCCAACAUCAAAGAUAAUACAAAAGCUAUGUGAAAAAGAGAGAGACAAAUCAGAAUAUGAAACAAAUUGGCAGAGAUUUGUUCUAUAAAAUAUCUAUCAUGUGUCUUCUAAUGAUCUAGCCUUAUCUUUGCCAAUCUACAAGUGAGCAUAAAAAAGCAACAAUAGCAAAAAAACAACAAACCCCCUCCCCCCUCCCCAAAACACUAGAGACAAAAGCUAUUGUUCACUGAGCAUUUACACCAUACCAGACUUGUAGUUAAGGAAACAGGAUAAAGGCCUAAUAGCCUUUUAAAAUAUAACCUUAAGUACUUUUCACAACAAGAAUCUGUUUCUGUAGAAAUGGAGUAAUGAAGCUCUUGAAGAUGAGCUUUCUUCAACAUGUUCAACUGACAAAUGAAAGUUGACAUUUUUCCAACCAACUGCCUUGCAUAUGCAGGGAUCUGGUAAACUUGAAAGAGACUCAACUUUGGGAGAAUGAGUUUUUCCAUAUCUCCAUUGGGAGAAAAUCCUGCAUGAAAAGAGGCUGUCUGACCUGAAGCUGUACUGAUGCCAGAAAAAUGGAAUUGAAUUCACUUUUUUCUUGCUGCACUAAUCUGAUGAUUGUUUUGAUCUCCUGGCUAUGGCAUAAAAAUUCACCUACCUCUGAAUAAAUCCUCUUUAUUUUCCCAGUAAACUGGACAAAAUUUACAUGAACAUGAAUAUUCAGUUCACUUGCUCAAUUAUAUAAAGUAAAAUUUAUUAAUGACAUCAGUUUUAGCAGUUAGGUUUGUUUUCAGUGAAAUUCUUUAGUGUGUCUAAAUACUGUUAGUGAGAGAACUACUUAAAGAGAAGGCCCAGUGAUAUUUUCAGAUUAAGCAGGUUCCUCACCUGUACUUCCUAUGUAAAAAAAAAAAAGUGCUUUUUCAUUUCAAUUUAAUAGAAAAUGUUGAGUAAACUUUACAUCAUUACCUCUUGAUCCUAAAGAGACAGUUUAGAGUUUGUCAUAACUAAAAUGUAUAAUUACGUGUAAUUAUGUUAAAUCAAGAACAAUUGCUUAGAAGCCGCCAAAGAUCCACACGCUUGAAGUAUGUCAUGCUAACCUGAGCCAUUGCUGAAGCUCCCUGAAUUCUUAUUUCACUAAUUCUGAGCCCCAGUAAUUAUGGAAGGGUGGCUGUUAAUUGCAAACAAGCAGUUGAGUGCUCUCUAAAUAGGCCAUCAGAAAUUGCUGCUCUAGAGAACUAAUGUUGCUCCUCUACUCUAUCCCAGUUUUAAAUGGGGACUGAAUUGUUCUGGCAUCAUCAACAGCUGGCCUAGACCUCCCUAUCCAGAAAAUAGCACGACACUAGCACUCUGAAAAAUCACUGGUUCCAUAAUCCAGCGAGUAGUCAAAAACUGGGGAAAUUAUCUCCAGAUGACCUAGUUCCAUCAUGUAAAUGCUAAUCAAGGGACAAAUUAAAUUGUAGAGAAUCUGUAUGGACUGGUUUUGGAAUACUUUGCAUUUUUAAAAAUCUUCAUUUUUCAGGGCAUUCUAGAAAAACUAGGUAUGUUACUCCUCCUCUCCUUAUUUGUAUAUUACUACAGAAUCGAAACUUUAGCUUUGAUAACAUGAUAACAUUAAUUCCUUGGUUAUAUAUGGCUGUUGCCUGCUUAAUGCCAUUAAUUAAAAUAUUUUGGGGUUUUUCUAAGUUGUAUGUGCAUAAACAAUUUUUUCUGUGAUGACAAAAAUCUGUAUUAUGUAAUAUACACAAUAUAAAGAAUUUCUUCUAAAACCAUAA